GCUGGUGUGGACGUGCCUCGGGCUGCCUCGGGCGCACGUUUGCUCGGCUGAGCGCGGCUCGACCCCGAGCCAGAUGUUGUCGGUAAACUUGACGCGCUCAAAGGUGCCUCAGUGAGCGCUGUGCGUUAGGUGGGAACGGUUAUGUUUUGGCUCGCGCGCGAUGCUACUUCAAGUUUAUCUCUUGCCGUGUUUGUUUCUUUCUAUAAUAUUGAUAUCAUGGGCAGUCAGGAGGAGUCCAUUCGUUUAAUACAAUUGUACAGCACGUACAAAGCGCUUUGGGACCCCAAAGAUCCAAAAUAUUUAAACAAAAAUCAGCGGGAAGACAGUUGGCGGCAAAUAUCUGCUCAAAUGAAUACUCGUAUGUCUGUCAAGGAAGUGAAAAAAAAAAUGGAUUCCUUGUGUGGCUCAUAUCGUCGAGAGAAAAGCAGGGAGAAAAAAAGCCGCAUAUCAGGUUCAGGCGCUGCAGAUGUUUACAAUUCAAAGUGGUUUGGAUAUCCUUAUUUCGAUUUUCUUAAAGAUAAAAAUGAAACUGGUGACACUCAGGAAACGAUUCCGAAUGAGGUGAUACCGGAAUCUUCACAAACUUCUGAUGGAGAGAGACACACAGAGACUGAAAACGCGCCGACCCAGUCGCAAUUAAGAAACUUAGCACAUGACGAUGAUGCUGUUUUGGCCGCAAUAAAUGAUUCGGAUUUCGGAGAAGACUCUGAUGAAGAUGAGAACUGGGUGCCGCCAGGGGAAGAGCCUGAUAGUCCAUCAGAUGAAGACCAAGAGGAUGAUGUUAGGGCUCCUGUUGUGGCAGCACCAGCCACUACAAAUACCUGGACCAAACGGUCUUUUCGUGGAAAGCCUAUGCCAUCAGUAGCUUCAUAA